AUGGAUCAAGAUUCGUUCAGGAAACUCUUGCAGACGCCAAAAGCUGGCGCGUCCAACACUCCCUCCUCCCGUGGCUCCCUCUUAGCAGCAACUAGCAAGUCAAAACCGAAGACCGCUGAUGCAGCACAGCCGGCUUUCAAACCGCGAACGGUGAACAAGAAAUCGCAAGGAACACAUCCUUACCGUGAUCGUGCGUCAGAGAGGCGACUAGGACUUGAAAGUGACUAUGCUCAGGCAAUUAUCUAUUUGCUAUAUAACCCUUCUGCACUCGCCGAAGACUUCGAGCGAAGGAAUGCAGAUAAUGUCGACAGGAAAGCGGUAGAAGAGCAAAGUCAUUACCUUGGGGGUGACGGUACUCAUUCAGUGCUGGUCAGAGGGCUUGAUUUUGCACUCUUUGAACAAAAUCGUGUCCGGGAGGCUGCAUCCACUGCUGCUGAAGAUGAUGUUUCGCUCGAGACCGCCUUCAAUGAAGCCUUACGCAAGAUACCGCGGAAGCGCACCCGCGAGGAGAUUGUGCAAGAGCUGAAGACCAAACGAACCAAGACCGGGGAUAUAGGACGUGAUGCGGAGUCAAAAGAGAUACUUCCUGGGGAGGUUGCGAAACUUGAGGAGGCGAAAAAGGCCGGCAAGUUCAAACCCAUAGGGAAUGUGACCACUGAGAAGCCCAAGAAGAAAGGAAAACACAAGUCUGAAGGGAAGUCUGACCGGAAGAAAAAGGAUAUGACAGAGAGAUCAAUCCGAAAGAAGUCGCCUUCUUCGGAGACUAUCCCAGAAGCGGCACCAUCUACAUUCAUACGAUCGCCGCCUCAACCAGCGAAGGAGACCGAGCCUAUCGAAGAAGACUUUGAUAUCUUUGCUGGCGCAGGAGAGUAUACUGGCGUUGAUUUGGGCGAUGACGACGAGAGUGAUGGCGAAGCGCAUGAGGAUCGGCCAGAGAACGAAUUUCGAGAGGCUACCUCCAACGAGCCGCCAACAAGAGGUGGUUGGUUCGUAACGGAUGAAGAAGAUAGACAAAGGUCGCUAACGCCCCCGCGCAAGUCUGCGGAGCCGAGCCGAUCUUCUGUCGCGGAGCCCCCACCACCGGCAAGUGUACACUCAGAUGAGGAAGAAGAAGCGGAGGAACGCCCCAUGCGCCUGCAGCCUCUCGCAUCAUCCGCCCUCCCGUCUAUCCGUGACCUACUUGAGCUUGAUUCGACCACGGAGAAGGCAGAUAAGCGACGUGCAAGGAAGGAGAAGAACAAGGAUAAACAUGUGGGAGGGGAUGGGAAGACUGACAAAAACAAGCUAGAAAGGGAUUAUAAGCGCCUCAAGGCUUACACUGAUAAGAAAGCAGCUAUUGGUGGAGGUAAGAUGUAA